GUAAAUUUUAAAGUCUUCGUGAUAAAAUUUCAUAUAAAUUCAAAAUAAUAUACGGUACCAUCACCCCUGCAAGUGGUCUCCAGAAAAAGAGAAGAAAUGGCAGUGAGAUCACUCAUCUCUAAACCCCGACCCCUAUGCUCUCUCUUCAGCUAUCUCCUUAAUUCUAAAUCCUACACUCUCUCUUCCCUUGCUCCACGCACUAAGAACCUGCCCUCGCCAGACCUUGUAAAUGAAAUCUCUCGCAUUUUAAGUGACCAUCGGAACCCACACCAUGAUUUAGAGCUCUCUCUCACUACUUAUUCUUCACACAUAUCAACAACCUUAGUGGAGCAAGUUUUAAAACGCUGCAAGAAUCUUGGAUUCUCUGCACAAAGAUUCUUUCUUUGGGCUAAAAGAAUUCCGGGUUUUGAUCAUAGUAAAGAAAGCUAUCACAUUUUGGUAGACAUUUUGGGCUCUAGUAAGCAGUUUGCUUUAUUAUGGGAUUUCUUGAUAGAAAUUAGAGAAUCUCAAGAUUUCGAAAUAAGCCCACAAGUUUUUUGGCUUGUUUUUAGAGCUUAUAGUAGAGCUAAUUUACCAAGUGAUGCUAUUCGUGCUUUUGAUAGAAUGGUUGAGUUUGGUUUAAAGCCUACUAUUGAUGAUCUUGAUCAGUUAUUGUAUGUGUUAUGCAAAAGGAAACAUGCGAAACAUGCCCAACAAAUUUUUGAUAGAGUUAAGCAUCAAUUUCAGACUAGAGCUAAAACUUACAGUAUUCUGGUGAGGGGAUGGGGUGAUAUCGGCGAGUCAGUGUCAGCAUGUAAGGUGUUCGAUGAAAUGCGUGAACAACAAUGUGCUGUGGAUGUCCUUGCUUAUAAUAGCUUGUUGGAGGCUUUUUGCAAGGGGGGUAAAGUUAGUGAAGCCUACAAGAUGUUUCGAGAAAUGGGCUCAAAUGGGAUUAAGCCAGAUGCUUGUACUUUUUCAAUAUUUAUACGUGCAUAUUGUGAGGCAAAUGAUAUUCAUUUAGCUUAUAGGGUGCUUGAUGAGAUGAAGAGAUAUGAUCUUGUGCCUAAUGUGUUUACUUAUAAUUGCAUGAUCAAGAAGCUAUGCAAGAAGGAAAAGGUGGAAGAGGCUUAUCAACUUUUGAAUGAGAUAAUUGAGAGGAGUGGUCAACCUGAUGCAUGGAGUUACAAUGCAAUCCUAGCUUAUCAUUGUGAGCAUAGUGAGGUCAAUAGUGCUACCAGGCUGAUCUCUAGAAUGGUCAAAGAUAAUUGCUUGCCGGAUAAGCAUAGUUAUAACAUGUUGCUCAAGUUGCUGAUAAGAGUAGGGAGAUUUGAUAGAGCAAUAGAAGUAUGGGAGAGUAUGGGGGAGAAGGGAUUUUAUCCUUCGGUCUCAACAUAUUCUGUUAUGGUUCAUGGUUUGUGCAAGAAAAAGGGUAAAUUAGAGGAGGCAUGUAAAUACUUUGAGAUGAUGAUUGACGAAGGAAUACCACCAUAUUCUUCUACUGUGGAGAUUCUGAGAAACAGGCUAAUAGGGUUAGGAUUAUUGGAUUACAUUGAGAUACUUGCAGGUAAAAUGGAGCAUAGCACUGCUUGUUCUAUACAAGAGUUGGCAAUUGCGAUGAGAGGCGGUAAAGUGCAUGUAAGAUCAAGAAGUGAAGAAACAGAGUCAGAAAGUGACUGAAAUAUUGAGUGCUAUUAAUUAAUGGUGUAGGCAUCACGGGCUCAAAUCCUUCUUCCUUCUCCCCCUUCAUUGAAACUAUUAUAUUGUCCUUGGUUUGACAUAGCACCCGAUUGCCUAAGCAUGAAAAUUUUGUGUUCUAGGUAGUUGCUAGACCACAUGACUUGUUAAUUUCGGAACCCAUGGAAGUAGGUGACUUCUUGUCCAAAUAUUGAUGAUUUCUUCAUUAAUUCUGCUAACCCUCUUCACAUUGAAAAUACAAAGGUUCAGCUGAAUGGAAAAGAUUGCACAUCAAUGAUAGGCUUGUGGAAUCUCAAGAUUAUCCAUCAAAGAACUUUUGUUGUGUGAUUGAGUGCUGUGUCAUGAGGGUACCUUUAACAAAAGUGCUGUGUCAUGAGGGUACCUUUAAUAAUGAGGUACAGGGGAGUUGAACUUUGAAAUUUUUGUUCAAUUGGAGAAGACAUGGUGGAGACGAGUAGAUCUUCGUACACUAUCGAGCAAAGUGCGUGGACUGUUUCUAUUGCUGCGAACACUAUUGCAAGAAAAGAGAGAGAGGGUUUCUUGUUUACCAGUCCAUUUCUUCUAUUUCGCUGUACGACCCCAUGAAAAAACAGCCAAUAUUUGAAAUUUUGUUCAAUUUGAGAAGAGAUACUGAAGACAAGCAGAACUUCAUAUUCUGCUGUGCAAAUUGGAUGGAUUGUUUCAAUUGCUGUGCAUGCUAUUGCAAUAAAAGAGAAAGAAGGUCUCUAUCCUUUACCAGUCAAUUUCUUCUAUUCCUUGUACCAUCUCAAGAGAAACAGUUUCUUCUUUUCCCUGUAGCAUCUCCCAGGAAAAGCUGCCAAGUUUACAGUGUUCUCCAAAGAAGAAGAUAAGCUUUCAAAGGUAUAACACAACUAGAUGCCUACUUUUGGUGUUAAAUUCUGACUUCUGAGUGAAUCGUAAAUUGUGCAUUCAAGCUCUGUUUUAACGUGGUACAUUGUGUUUCUGUUCUUGCAAUAUUGAUAUUUGCAUGUAAUUUUGUGUCAACAGAAGCUCUUCCUGUGUAGGAGUUGGUGCUUUACUCUGAGGGCUAGGUGUCAGCACUAUAAAUAACUUUAUAGUGUCUCCUUUUCAUUUUCUCUUUUUUUUUUACUUUUAUUCCUGAACAAGUAAUUCACCAUAAUAAGAAUGAGGGGAAGAAUGGUAGUGCAUGAUCCAGACUAGCCUAUCAAAAGGCAGGGUGGGGCUUUAUCUGGGCUAAUUUUUUCUUUUUCUUUUCACCAUUGUUUCAUUACUUUUCCAUUACAUUAUUGACCAUUUAAAUUCUUUCUAUUCUGUAUUA